UGUAAAUCAACUAUACUUCAAUAAAACUUUAAAAAUGAAAAAUAUAAGUAAAUAGACUGUGAUAGGAACCAAAAAAACCUAAUUUUAAGAGAGUGGUCAACUUGGGAUUCUAUUGUUGUCCUCAACAUGCCUAGAAUCUUUUUAUAAGUCCAGGCCAAGAAAAGCAAAAUCCAGAAAGACACAGGAGUUCACUAACCCUAUGACAUUGCUGUGGUGGGGACACAUAUCCCACCUUGCUCUGUGGCUGCAGUAAGAUACCCAUGCUGGGGUACUCUACAAACAGCAGAGCAUCCUGACACAUCUGGAGUGGGGUAUGUUAUAUUACAUGGCUCUUUUGCCUUGAUCCCAUAUUCACAAGCCAAUCUUCUAAUCUUUAACUUUGUUUCCUAGACUGUGUAAAACAUAGGCAGCUUUGGUCAGCUUGGCCAUUUUGUUCCUUAUUAUAAUUCAAUAAAUUGAUACUCAGUUAUAAAUCAUUCUCCUAUACUUGGUCAGUGUGACUCAGUUCAAAAAGGCCUUCCCACCCCUGGAGGACUGUGAAAACCCAGCUUCCUAAACCUGCAAAGCUUGUGGGCAGUGUACCUGAUACUCCUACAUGUAUUUCAGAGCUGCGCUCACCACUUCUCUGGAAAUCCUCCCCAGAGAGAGGCUUUACAGUGUCUUUCUGGGUGUUUUUUUUCCCUGUGUGGGCAUGACGUUCUUGCUGUCCCCCUGAAGUUUCUGUUAGAAUGGGAGGACUCUGCUCGUGGGUUCUGGGUUGAGAAAGAGAGUGAAGAUAAUGUUAUGGCUUGUUCACAUCAUGAGAAACUGACUUCACUAGUAUUUAUUACAUGUCUGCUGUGAGCCAGGUUUUGUGGGGCUUGCUGGAAUUCAGCGGUGAGCAAGCAGGUGAGGCCCCUGCCUGGGUGGAAAAGAGACCAGAGGAAGGAGAAGGCCACUGAAGUGUUUGUUUGUGCUGUCCUAGCAUAAUCUGUACUGUGGUGUAUUGCAAAGAUCUGUUAUCAUUGUCCAAGAUCUCUCCGAAGGGCCCAAGGACAGUCAUUGUGUCUCUUGCAGUAAGAAUUUGCUGGGCUGAACCAGGGAGUACCCAGAACCAGGAAGUGCCAACCUUAAAAAGUACUUUCUAGCCUCUUUACGACUAGGUAGGUGCUUGGAACACAACAGGGGGAAUUUGGGUGUAGGACCCACCCCUUAUUUUCUAAGCCUCUUUAAGGCAUCAGCUAUGGAGCAUGAAGGAAGGGUGCUCACUCAUUAAUUCAGCAUCUCUGCAUUGCAGGUGUUGGCUGAAUAUCUAGUUAUGCAAAAUAUUAAGUCCUGUCUCUGGUUUUAGAAGAUGUUCUUCUAUUGGCCUUAGAUUUUAAGACAGGAAAUCUUCAGGCUUGCCAGUACUUUUUGUUCCAUGUUUUGCUCCUAGAACUGAGUUGCUGCCGUGCAAAGGAGAAGUAGAGAGAGAACAGAAGAUGAUGGAUCCAGAAUUUCUCUGCCAGCUUUCAGUCACCAUGUUUUUGAGGUGGAAAUGUCUUCCCAGAGGUUAAUUUCUAACAGAACAUCCCAGCAAUCUACAUCUAAUUCUGAUUACACCUGGGAAUAUGAGCAUUAUGAGAUUGGACCUGUUUCCUUUGAAGGACUAAAGGCUCACAAAUAUUCCAUUGUAAUUGGAUUUUGGGUUGGUCUUGCGGUCUUCGUGAUUUUCAUGUUUUUUGUGCUGACCUUGCUGACCAAGACAGGAGCUCCACACCAAGACAAUGCAGAGUCUUCAGAGAAGAGAUUCCGAAUGAACAGCUUUGUGUCAGAUUUUGGAAGACCACUGGAGCCAGACAAGGUGUUUUCUCGACAGGGCAAUGAGGAAUCCAGGUCCCUCUUUCAUUGUUACAUUAAUGAAGUGGACCAGUUGGACAAGGCCAAAGCUUGUUUCCAGACCACGGCCCUCGAUAGUAAUGUUCAGCUCCAAGAAGCCAUCAGACGCAGUGGGCAGCCGGAGGAGGAGCUCAACAGGCUCAUGAAAUUUGACAUUCCCAACUUUGUCAACACAGACCAGAACUCCUCCUUUGGGGAAGACGAUCUCCUGAUAUCGGAACCACCUAUUGUUCUAGAAAAUAAGCCAGUUGCCCAGACCCCACACAAAGACUUGGAUUGAGAAGCAUGUUUUGUAAAGUGUAUACCUGAAGAGGCUGGUCUGUCUUUGUAUAGUACGAAAUCUCCAUUCACCAAAAUUGUGUGCGUUUGUAUAUGAGAGACAGAGACAGAGAGACCAAAAGGCAAAAUGACAGAGAAGAGAGCCCCCUGGGAAGAGAGCUGAUUCAGCUGUUUUUACGCCCUCAAACACAUAUGGGGCUUUUGGGAGGGGGAGAACCAAGUAGUUACACUGUCUCAUCUUCCUUGUUGUUGAAGAACUUGGCCACAUACUCGGCAUCAUCACUCUUGAAUGGGGUUGACAUAUGGCCUUCCUGUCUGCCACUGCUAUGCUCUUCAUUAGUGAGUUGCUUUUUCUCUCUGGGCUGCCGUCUUUUUUACUGUAAGGAGAGGAGUAUGGAGUAGAUGAUUUGUCUCAACUCGAAUAAUUUGCCGAUUUAUGACUGUGUUCAGAUGAGGCUGGGAUAUACCCAAAGGAGUAUAAACUAGGGCACCGUAUCCUAGCUCUUGCUAUAAGAUCCCCCAGUUGACUUUCCAUUCAACCCUUAACUGAGCCCAGCUUUUGUCAGGGUCCCGGUGUCUAUCAGGAUGUCAGGAGACUCAUCUCUCAUGGUUUCUGUGGCAACAUUUCUAUUGGUUGGGCUGAAAUGGCUCUUCUGAGACCCUCCAGCCACCCACGCUCAAAGCUGAGGACAGCCCUGCCCCUCCUCUCCUGGGAUGAGUACCAAUCCACAAUACAUUGUGUGACAGUCUUGUUCCCAGAAACAUAUGGAAGGUCAUCAGCCGCGUGAGGAGAGGUGCCUUCUGUGUCUCUCUGUUGGUGUAACUGUGUCUGGUCACACUGCUAUAGUAUUGGCUAGUGAACAAGAAAAGCACUAUUUGCCAUGCUUUCUGUUCACUUGGCAGAUGUGUAGGUGAUGGUGGUGUGGCUUAUGUGUGGGCUUUGAGCUGGGAUGUUGAAUGAGUUAGAAUUACUCCAUAUGCAAAUAUUCAGAGUGGCCUGGCACAACACAGAGCUGAUUCAUGAAUCAAAACUGCAUGUUGUUUUGGAAACAACUUGGUUUUGCAGUCAUGUGGCAUGCAUGGCCAGCUGCUAAUCUCUGGUUGGUGUUUUCAUUAUGGAUUUCAUUAUGUCUUGCUUAAGCUGAAAAAUAAAUGCAUUUAUUGCACCAGAA